ACGGGCGCUUUUUUACAGCCAAGGCACUAAAUGAAUAUACGUUAUAUUUUAAAAAUUAAUUGACUUUUUUCGUAUGUUUUUUUAAAUAUUAAAGCCUUCUUUAGAGUAUUCGCAAAAAAGAAAAAAAACUUGUAAGAAUCAUCAACAGUUGAGGACAUGUGUAAAAGGUCUGCAAGAUGGAUUUCCAUGGUAGCAUUUCUGCAGACUUUACUUAUUCGUGAUGUAACAUCCGUCCAUUUAGGAGGUACGCAGGGAACAGAUGAAGUCAGACCCUUUAACAUUCAGGUGAUAGAGCGCGUCAAGAUCCCCGGUGACCCCGGAACUAACGUGCAGGCGCCCGUCAUUAGGCGUAUACACGGUGGUGUCCACAUUGAGACGGCUGAAAUUUCUCAUAAUGGCGCCAUCGGCAGAGAUCAUACAGGACGAGAUUCCCAUACUGACCGCCAGGGUCCAUCGGGCGCUCUAAGAGUCAAUAGUGGCGUCGGGAAUACUUACGUUGAUUUGCCCGGUCAGGAUGGAAAUGAGUCUUCGUUUCAAAUGGUCCAUAGAGACAUGGGCCAUGGAGUUGGGGAAAUACACGUUGAUCUUCCCGGUCAGCACGGCAAUAAUUCGCCAUUUCCGAUUAUUCAUAGAGUGAAUGACAGCCGUGUUCCGCAUCGAAAUGACAACGCGUUACCGAUGAUCGACAAGGUCAAUCUCUCGCAGGAAAGUCCAGGAGGUAGACAAGACAGCUCCAAUAGCAAAGACAUGCGUGGCUUUGAAAAAACGACCAUAUCUAGCGUCCCAGUUGUUGGAGCGGAGGUGCACGUAGACUUGCCCGGCCAGCACGGUAACAACUCGCCACAUCCGGUUGUUCACCGUACUGGGUCGUCUCCCAUCAUUGUUGAAGCAGGCCAUGUCCCGAAUGGUGGCAUGCAUGGUGGUCAAAUUGCCCAGCCCGGCCACCAAGGAAACGACAGCUCACCCGUGGUCUUAAGGGUCGACCAAACGCAGGGAAUAUACCGAAGUAGACAGGACAGUGUCCGUGGCGAACUCUUGCGUGGUUUUGAUAGAGCGACUAUUUCUAGCAUGCCACAUUUUAUAAGAAAGGUACUGCCAAAUUUUAAACGCAAGAUACACAUAGACUUGCCCGACCAGCAUGGAAACAGCUCGUCAAAUCCGGUUGUUCACCGUACUGGGUCUUCUCCCAUCAUUGUUGAAGCAAAUCAUGGCCUGAAUGGUGAGGACAGAGUGGUCAAUUUCCCGCAGGAAAGUCCAGGAGGUAGACAAGACAGCUCCAAUAGCAAAGACAUGCGUGGCUUUGAAAAAACGACCAUAUCUAGCGUCCCAGUUGUUGGAGCGGAGGUGCACGUAGACUUGGCCGGCCAGCACGGUAACAACUCGCCACAUCCGGUUGUUCACCGUACUGGGUCGUCUCCCAUCAUUGUUGAAGCAGGCCAUGUCCCGAAUGGUGGCAUGCAUGGUGGUCAAAUUGACCAGCCCGGCCACCAUGGAAACGACAGCCCAUCAGUGGUUCAAAGGGUCGACCAAACGCAGGGAAUAUAUCGAAGUAGACAGGACGGUUUCCGUGGCAAACUCUUGCGUGGUUUUGAUCGAGGGACUAGUUCUAGCAUGCCAUAUUUUAUAAGAAAGGUACUGCCAAAUUUCAUACGAAAGGUACACGUGGACUUGCCUGUUCAGCACGGUAGCAACUCGUCACAUCCAGUUGUUCUCCGCACUGUGUCACCUCAUUACACUGAUGAAGCGGGCCUAACCCCGCAUAGUAACGGUAAGACUGUUCAUGCAGAACAGCCCGGCCAACAUGGAAACGACAGCCUAUUACCGGUGGUAAACAUGGUUGAUCGGAUGGAGGGCAAUCUUAGGGUUAAACAGGACAGUUCCGGUGGCAAAAGCAGACGCGGUUCUGAAACACCGCCAAUUUCAAGCUAUACAGAUUUUAAAGGGAAGGUGCUCAUGGACAUGCCCGCCCAAUACAGAAACAACUCAAAUCCGGUUGCUUACCGUCCUGGGUCCCCUCCUAACAUUGAUGAAGCAGGCCAUGUCCCGCAUGGUGCCAGCAAAGAGAUUAACCUUGACCAGCCCGGCUACCAUCGAAACGACAGCAAUCCGGUGGUUCAAAGGGUCAUCCGACCUCAUGGAAUAACCCAAGGAAGACAGGACAGUUCCCGUGGCAAAAGCAUGCGUGGCUUAGCAAGUUCUAGCGUACAAUAUCUUAGAGGGAAAAUGCCCGUGGACUUGCACAGCCAGCUAGGAAACAACGUGCCACCUCCGCCUCACCGCACGGGAUACUCUCCUUAUACUGAUAAAGCGGGCCUCGCCCCUCAUGGUGGCGACAGGAAGGUUCAUACAGAACAGCUUGGCAAACAUAUCAACGACGGCCCAUUACCGGUGGCCAACAUGGCCGUUCGGCCGCACGGCAGCCCUCAAGGUAAACAAAACAAUUUCCGUGCCAAAAGCAGGCGUGACUUUGAAAGAUCUCCUAUUUCUAGGGUCUCAGAUGUUGGAAGGGAGGUUAACGUAGACUUGCCUGGCCACCGUACUUGGUCACCUCCUUGUAUUAAUGAAACAGAUAACGCUCCGCAUGGUGGCGGCAGGAACGUUGCUGUUGACCAGCCUGGUCAGCAUGGAAACGACAGCGCGUUACCGGUUGUCAACCCGGUCGACCGAUCACAGAGCAGUCUUAUGAAUGGACGGGAAAGUUUCCUUAACAAACGCGGACCGCCAAUCUCUACCUUCCCAGGUAUUCAGCGGUUUCCUCAAACAGAACGUAAACAAGUCAUAUUCGAACGCCGAUUUAGACCACAUUCUUUCAGAGUGCCGAGAUUUCCAGGCAGAAAGUCGAGGCUUAGGAUGCCUACUGAUAUGUUUGCGGAUGAUGAUGAUAAUGAUGAUGAUAUUGAUGAUGAUCGAUGAUGAUGAUGAUGGUGGUGGUGGUAAUGAUGAUGAUGAUGAUGAUGAUGAUGAUGAUGAUGAUGAUGAUGGGAAAACACUUUUAUUAUGUCAAUAUUAAUUCCAUUGCAAAUUACCACAUAGCAGCUCAUUUCAUUAAUUUACGAUAUUUAUCCAAUUUUGGUAUCCUUAGUCCGGUAUACAUGUUCAAUUUUAUUAUUUUGCCAGAUUGAUAUCAUAGUUUCAAAGCUCAUGUUCAUAAAAGUAUACAUUUUUUCAUAAACAUGCAAAAUGACUCGUCGUGGUUAAAAUAUUAAGUAAAUCAUCAACUAACAUUGCCAAAAUCGUCUUUCUUAUUGAUAUUUCUCGGUAUAAACAUCUGACCUUGUUAGUUAGCAUGCUUCCGGAAGUUCAACUAUGGCGCGUGCAAACUUGUUGUGACGAAUAUGGUGUUCCAUUCAAGACAUACAUUCUCAAUGACUUAGAUUGUUUAAUAAGUCAAAUUAAACGUUUAUUAAACCAAAUUCCAAUUAUCAGCGGAAGUGCAACCUGUUGCUGAAUACAUGUCUUUGUGUGCUGUGUCACAGAUGAUACUUAUUGAAAUGUUUGCAAUUUGUUCAUGGUGAUAAUAAUAUAAAGAUACUACGCUGACUAGCCUCAUUAUUGGAUAGAAGCUCUGGCAAUACAUUGCCAAAGCUUUGUUAAAAAAAUGAAGUCGUUCUCGUUGUUAGCAAGUCCAUGUAUUAUAUAGUUUAUAUAUGUGUUGAUGAUGACGUAUA